AUGGGCAAGAAGGCUAUCCAGUUCGGCGGUGGUAACAUCGGCCGUGGCUUCGUCGCCGAGUUUCUUCACGAAGCUGGCUAUGAGGUGGUUUUCGUUGAUGUCAUGGACAAGAUCAUCGAUGCUCUGACGAGCAACCCCUCUUACCAGGUCACCGAAGUCAGCGACGAGGGCGAGAGAACCAAGACCAUCACCAACUACAGUGCCAUUAACUCCAAGACCCACGAGAGUGAGGUCGUGCAGGAGAUUGCGACUGCUGAUGUUGUCACAUGCGCCGUCGGUCCUAACAUCCUCAAGUUCAUUGCUCCCGUCAUCGCCAAGGGUAUUGAUGCUCGCACCGCCUCUAAGCCCCUCGCCGUCAUUGCCUGUGAGAACGCCAUUGGUGCCACCGAUACCCUGCAUGGCUUCAUCAAGCAGAACACCGAUGAGAGCCGUCUCAGCACCAUGGGGGAGCGCGCCCAGUUCGCCAACUCCGCCAUCGACCGCAUUGUCCCCAACCAGCCUGCCGGUGAGGGUCUGAAUGUCCGCAUCGAGAAGUUCUACGAAUGGGUGGUGGAGAAGACCCCCUUCGGCAGUGUUGGCCACCCCGAUAUCCCUGCCAUCCACUGGGUCGACCACCUGGAGCCCUACAUUGAGCGCAAGCUGUUCACCGUCAACACCGGCCAUGCCACCACUGCCUACUAUGGCUACCAGCGCGGAAAGAAGAUGAUCGCUGAGGCUUUGGCCGAUCCCGAGAUCCGCCAAAUCGUACACCAGGUCCUAGAAGAAACCGCAUCGCUCAUCGUUGCCAAGCAUGAGAUCUCUGAGGAGGAGCAGAAGGAAUACGUCAACACCAUCAUCAGCCGCAUUUCCAACCCAUACCUGGAAGACAAUGUGGAACGUGUGGGACGUGCCCCCUUGCGCAAGCUGUCUCGCAAGGAGCGCUUCAUCGGACCUGCUGCGCAGUUGGCGGAGAAGGGAAUGAAGUAUGAUGCCUUGCUGGGUUCGGUCGAAAUGGCUCUCCGCUUCCAGAAUGUGCCUGGCGAUGAAGAGAGCGUCGAACUGGCGAAGAUUCUCAACGAAAUGUCUGCCGACGAUGCCACUGCCAAGCUCACCGGCCUGGAGAAGAGCCAUCCCCUGUACCAACCAGUACAGAACGUGGUCGCCAAGGUGCAGAAGGGCGGCAAAUAA